AUGUCACGAACCCCAGUGGCCCUCAUACUCAUCGCCGGAUCGCUCGUCCUCCUCUGGUUCGUCAUCCUCUCGGGCGUCACACACACUUCGCCGCUCCGCCAGACCUAUUUCCUCCGCGCCGACACAUCCGGCAUCGAAGGCGCGCGCUCCAUCUCGCAAUGGACCUUCUUUAAGGUCUGCGGCGACGGCAACACCGACUGCGGCCCCUCGCGCCCGGGGCUCCCCCUGGGCGACGCCUGGGCUAGCAACGCCCGCAACGCUCCGUCUGAGCUGAUCGGCAGCCACGGCAACGAUACAACCAGCUACUUCUACUGGUACAUGUGGCGCUUCGGAUGGGUCUUCUUCCUGAUCGCCCUAUUCUUUGAGGUGCUGGCCUUCUUUUCCGGCUUCCUCGCGCUGUGCAGCAGGCUAGGCUCGAUGUUUACCGGGCUCAUCUCGCUCGUUGCCCUAUUCUUCCUGACCCUCGCCGUCUCCCUGAUGACCGCCACCUUCGUCAAGAUGCGCGACGUCUUCAUCCGCGAGGGCCGCGACGCCUCGCUCGGCAGGUACGCAUUCGGCUUCAGCUGGGGCGCGUGGGCCCUGCUACUCAUCAGCACCAUUCUCUUCUGCCUCGCCCGCAACAAGCGCAAGGACACCGCGGCCACCGUCGCGCCGGCCCCCGGGGCUGCGGGCCGUUCGCGCCGCGUCUGGCCUUGGCAGAAGCGCACCGACGGGCGCCGCGUCAAGGAGGACUACGCCUGA